AACUUGGGUGGGUCAAUGUCUUGUCUCGAAGAUAUUUUGGGAAAACAUCCAUAAUAAUACAUAUGCACAAAAGUGACGGACCCAGACUCAGUUACCUGCUAUUCAGUCAAAGGGUGGGAGCAAGAUGGGUUCUUUGGCAAAGAAGGGACUCAACAAUUACGUCAAACAGCUCCAAGAAAACCCUUUGAGAACCAAGGUAAUCACUGCAGGUGUAGUAUCAGCGAUCAGCGAUAUUGUGUCUCAGAAACUUUCUGGGAUACAGAAACUUCAAUUGAAACGUCUUCUUCUCAAAGUCCUUUUUGGAGCCGGUUAUAUUGGACCCUUUGGACACUUUUUUCAUUUAAUACUGGACAAAAUAUUCAAAGGAAAGAGAGAUACAAAAACUGUGGCGAAGAAGGUUCUGAUUGAACAAUGUACAUCUUCUCCUUGGAACAAUUUGCUUUUCAUGAUUUAUUACGGAUUAGUUGUUGAAGGCCAACCUUGGGUGAAUGUGAAAGCUAAAGUUAGGAAGGAUUAUCCAUCAGUGCAGUACACUGCAUGGACGAUCUCGCCGAUUGUCGGGUGGAUAAAUCAUAAAUUCUUGCCUCUUCAUUUCCGUGUUGUUUUCCACAGCGUAGCAGCAUUUUUCUGGUCAAUAUUCUUAAAUCUUCGAGCACGAUCUCUGGCAUUGACUAAAGCCUGAAGCAAAGAAGAGUACUGAUCACAGUCUUUGAAGUAGAUGCUACUGUUUGUUAGGAGACUGUUAAUCUUUCCAGAGCGGUUUCCAUCAGAUUGAACAAGUCAAAAGAAGAUCUUCCAAUGUGUUGGCAAGACUUUAGUUUGUCCUGAGCGAAAUAUAGAAGUUUUUGAAUGUUGAUGUUUUUGUACAAGGGUUGAUUGAUUUGAUUUUCAACUGAACUGAUUGUGGUUAAAAUUGAUUUUAAAGUUGUGUGAUUUAUGUUUGAAUGUUUUCAUUAUGAAAACUAGUUAGUAAUAAAAAUCGGUAUAAAUUUGUUUAAA